UUUUAUAGGACAGAAGAAAAAACAGAAAAUUUUAGGGGAAAAAAAUAAACAGAAACAGAGGCAGUGAGAAUACAAACAGUAUUUUUCUGACAAUGUGCAAAGCACCAAGCUACCAAUGCCCCCAAAAUCUCUCUCUGUAAAAACCCUAACUCACAUUGCAGAAUAUUCCGACCCUAAUUUUCUCUCUCCUCCUCGUCGGCGACCCCGAUGAAGCGACCUUCGCCGGUGUCAAUGGCGGAUUCGCCGGACUUUCCUCCACCUGCACCUCCAAAUCAUCGGAUGAAGAAAACGAGGGAGUUGCCCAAUUUGUCGGACUGCAAUUGCUGCAAUCGUCACAUCAAUAGUACAAACCCUAAAAAUCGGCUUCAAAUCCUUGCUAGUGAGUGGCGAAUCGUUCUUCUUUGUAAAUGUUGCUAUAAUCUUGUUGAAUCUUCGCAAUAUUGCUCUUAUUGUUUAGCUAGGGUUUCAUCUUCAUCAAUGGAGUCGUUUCAUGAGUGCAAGAGAUGUCGACGUAGGGUUCAUAAGGCGUGCGCUUCGAUGUUUCCUUUUGGUUUAGGUAAUGGUAGUAAUUGUAGUGAUGAAUUUUCGGUUUGUUUUGAUUGUUGGGUUCCGAAAUUGAUUGAGAAUGAUUAUAAAGCUAGGGUUGUUGGUAGUAAAAUUAAGAGUAAAGUGGCGAAAACCGGGGGUGAUUUGACGAAUUCUUUGGGGAGUUCUGGGGUUUGUGAUUCACAGGAUAUGGGGAGAGGUGAGGAUGCUUUGAAUGAUGUUCAGGUUGUUGCUCAGAAGAAGGUUGCCGCUGCCCGUGAGGCGAAGGAGAAGGCUUUUAACAAGGUGAUGGAUGCAACGAAGGCGAUUGCUGUAGCUAGUAGAGCUGUGGGUUUGGUUAGUGUAGAUAGGGGUGGUGAUCAACAGGGUUCAGCAGUUGAUGUGGAUGCACAAUUGGCUUUCAGGUUGCAUAGAGCAAUGAAUAGCUCACCUCGAAUAUCGAGGAACUGGUGUUUGUUGAAUAAGCAAUGUGAGGAUGUGCCUGAGGUAGAUGGUCUUGGAUUGCAGACAGCUAUUGACCCGAGUUGCUCUAGCAAACCUAGCAAUGUUGGAGGUGAUGGGGAAAGUGGAUGUCCUGAAACUGUACAAGAUUGUGAGCAUAAGUGUGCUAGAAUACAAGACGAGAAGCAAGGUGGUGAUCUAGAUGGUUGCUUGAUUACGUAUAGCAGGAAGGGUCGGGCAUCAUUAGAAGCUAAGGGCAAGAAAGAACCUGAUUCCUCUCAGAGAACGCACUGUAGGCGGUGGUCAUCAGGAGCUGUAAAGAUCAAGGAGGAACAUGACUGCCCUAUGAGGACAUAUAAGAGGAGGCUGUCAAAAGUUGAAAGGUGCAAAUUAGAGCUUGGUUAUUAUACUAAAACAUAUAGCAGAAGGCACUCAGCAAUCCCACAAUGUAAAGACAACUUAAUCUAUAGCAGUUAUAAGCUAGAUAAUGGAGCUCCAGCAAUUGUUUUGAAGUGUUGUGAGGAAUCACCAGCGUUCACUACUGCUUCUUAGCGUGGAUUCAUCUUUCUAAGCUCUGAAGGUCUGGCUUUUAGUCUUCCUACUUCCUAGCUCCUCCAGUACAAAGAAAAUAUUUUUUUAUUGGGUCGUUCAAGCUUUUUUCUGGAUUAUCAUAAGAAAUGUCGGGGCUAAGUUGCAGGCAAAUUUUGAGGAAGCUGACUUGCAUACCAUAGGGCUACCAGAGAAGUUUGAAAAAUAGUGGAGCAAUGUAUUCUGUAGAUUGGCAUAGAGUUCUCACAACAGGUUUAAGGGUUGUGAUUUAUGUGAUACUUUGAGUGAGAUAUGAGCAGAAUCUGAUUCUUUGUCUUAACAUGCAAUAUACCAGUGAUGGCAUUGUAAAUUUUUGAAAUAGAUAUUAAACAAACUAUUUUCCUUGUGGAAAAUGCUUAUGUUGUAUAUAAUUCUUUUUUUCGUGUACC